GCGGGUGCGUCGGUCAUGUUUCCCUUCGGGCCCGGUAGUCCCGGAGAGGAUGGGACGGCCGGAGCCGGGGCCGAGGAGCCGGCACCCCGCGCGGGGCAGGCGGCAGCCGGCGGGCCGCUCCCUUCCCCGCCCGCUCCGCCGCAGCCCGGGGCUGACGCAGCCCCUCCCCCGUCGCCCUCCCGGAGCCCUCGCCGCCCCGGCGCCCCCUCGCUGCCCCUGGCCGCGCGCGUCGGGGAGCUUGGGCCGCCCGGAGCCCUGGACUCCUCAGCCGCUUCCGCCCAGGGAGAGCCGUCACCGCCCUCCCCGCCGCGUCGGCGACCCGGGCCAGACUGCAGGGCCGGGAGCCGGGGCCGCCACGGCCUCGGCGUCGGCCUGGGCGGCCCCGGCGCCCGGCUGUUCGGGUGGCUGAGAGAGCGCAGCCUGGGCCGCGGGCUGUUCGUGGACCCGGCGCGGGACAAUUUCCGCACCAUGACUAACCUCUAUGGUUCCAUCCAUCCCGCGGACUCGGUGUACCUCAGCACCCGCACCCACGGCGCCGUCUUCAACCUCGAGUACUCGCCCGACGGGUCAGUGCUGACUGUUGCUUGUGAACAGACUGAAGUUCUGCUUUUUGACCCUAUAUCUUCAAAGCACAUAAAAACACUUUCUGAAGCUCAUGAAGACUGUGUAAAUAAUAUCAGAUUUCUUGAUAACCGGCUGUUUGCUACCUGCUCUGAUGACACUACAAUAGCACUAUGGGAUCUGAGAAAACUCAACACCAAAGUAUGCACUUUACACGGUCACACUAGCUGGGUGAAGAACAUCGAAUAUGAUACUAAUACAAGACUCUUAGUAACAUCAGGAUUUGAUGGAAAUGUCAUUAUUUGGGACACCAACAGGUGUACAGAAGAUGGGUGUCCACAUAAGAAGUUCUUUCACACACGUUUUCUUAUGCGAAUGAGAUUAACACCAGAUUGUUCCAAAAUGUUAAUCUCAACGUCCUCUGGAUAUCUCUUGAUUUUGCAUGAUCUUGACUUAACCAAGUCCUUAGAAGUAGGCAGCUAUCCUAUUUUGAGAGCAAGAAGAACUACAUCAAAUUCAGAUCUGACCACUUCAUCAAGUUCAUCUGGUCCUCGGGUUUCUGGUUCACCUUGUCAUCAUAGUGAUUCUAAUUCAUCUUCUGAGAAACACAUGUCACGAGCUACACAAAGAGAAGGAGUAUCACCACGAAAUAGUCUUGAAGUCUUAACCCCUGAAGUUCCUGGUGAGAGAGACCGUGGAAACUGCAUCACGUCCUUACAGCUGCACCCAAAAGGCUGGGCCACUCUGCUUCGGUGCUCAAGCAACACUGAUGAUCAGGAGUGGACUUGUGUCUAUGAAUUCCAAGAAGGAGCUCCCGUGCGACCUGUCUCACCUCGUUGUUCUCUACGAUUAACUCAUUACAUUGAAGAAGCCAAUGUAGGCAGGGGUUAUAUCAAAGAACUCUGCUUCAGCCCUGAUGGGCGAAUGAUCUCUUCCCCACACGGCUACGGGAUUCGCUUGUUGGGAUUUGACAAACAGUGCAGUGAACUAAUAGACUGUUUGCCCAAAGAAGCCAGUCCCCUGCGGGUGAUCCGUUCUCUGUACUCUCACAAUGAUGUGGUACUGACAACAAAAUUCUCUCCAACACAUUGUCAGAUUGCCUCAGGGUGCCUUAGUGGACGGGUUUCUUUGUAUCAGCCAAAGUUUUAGGCACAACUUACAUCAAAUAAGGAACUUUUCUGGUGUUUGACUUAUAAAUUACUUCAAUUUAGGUGAAGUAUUUUCUUUUUAGAAGAUCUUAAAAGUUUGGGUCAAGAUCCCAGUUCUUAUGGGUCCACGAACACACCUGUGACCUGAGGACUUGGCCGUCCGGCAUCGUAGGGGCCUCACCAAGUUAGACUCUACGCAGCAGCAGCUUUUGCCGCAUUCCUCUGCUCCUGCUCAUCUGUGCCACCUGAACUUCGGUUCUUCUGGUUAUUUUGCAUGGUAGCUCUUGUCAAGUUUCUUUAUAUCUUGUUUUUUGAUUACGGUGUGAAUUUUGUGAACAUCUGGCAGGAGUUGUGGCUGGGUUAGGAGAAACCCAUGACACUAGCAUUGAAUAAAACCCGGAAGUUUGAUGUCAGCAUACUGGUCAUUGAAAAAGAAAUUUCAUCUUCACUUAUCAGCAUACUUGGCCUUUUAAAGUUGCUGUUAUGUUUCUCUAUAAUGAGCACAGAUAAUGGCAUUAUUCUCAUAACUGUUAGAUCUUACAACAAAAAUGUCUUCUAAGUUUCCUGUUAAAAUUAUACAUAUUUUUUUUUUCACCGUGAGGGGAAUUCUGUUGUAAAACUCUAGAAAAACUACCGCCUCUCUUUGUAAUUUACUUGUAUGAAUUUAAAAAUCUCUAGCAUGUGUCCUUAUGUGGUAUUUUGUUCCUUUUAACAGCAUUUAGAAAGGAAAAGAGGAGAAGGAAUGGGCUUUGGUCAUUUCUCUUAUAUAGAAGAGAAGUCAUUAAGUUAGUGUACUGUCUGGUCACAGAGUGAUAAGAACAAUGUGGCUUAGAGUUUGUUUUCUCUGCCAGACUGUUUGACUCACACAGGGUCACAUGUUAUGAUACUAGGGUGGAGAGGGCAGUGAGAGUAAAGAGGUUGUGUUUUCCUCAUCUUUACUCCUUGAGCCAGGUGGCACAGGCUCAACCCCCUUAGCAUUAGGGAGGGGAGAACUGCAGCCCUCUUCAAGCCGUGACCUAACUACAGUAGUCAGCCACUUGGUUGUCAAGACAAAGAGCUGACGUGAAGACCUGUUGUAUUUUGUUAUGGAACACAGCAAGUAAAAAACAUGAAGCAAGGGUCAAUCACAGGGCUGUCUGCUCUGUUGAAGCAAGCAGCUUUCUUCUAGUCUCCACUUGGAAUGGUAUUAUAUUUAGGAGGGAUCCACCAGAGGCUGGAGUAAUUUUAAGCCGCAAGCUAGCUCUUUCCUUCUCAGAUCAUGUUCACUUAGGCCAGUGGUUCUCAAACAUGAGGGUGCAUUACAAUCAUUGACAAACUUGUGAAAAACACAGAAACAUGGCUCUCACCUUAGGAGGUUCUGAUUCAGCCAGGGAGAGGACAGGAUCUGUAUUUUUAAUAGGAACCUCAAGUAAUCUUUAUUCAGGUGGUCCCUGGAUCAGAGUUCGAAAAACACUACCUUAAACAUCAGUAAGUACUUCUGUACCUAUCAGGUGCUUAACUCCCAGAAGGCAUUUUGAUUAUUUAAAAAAGUAGUAAAUGAAAUCCACUUUAGAGGUAGAAAAUGUAAUCAAUCUCAUUAUUUAAUGAAUGAGAAAAGUUAAGUGACUUGCCUAAAGUUAUCUUACAAAAUUAAUGGCAGAGCCAGAACUUGUCUCCUAAUUCCUUGCUCAGGGCAAUUUCUACUGUAUUAUGCUGGCUGUUAAAACAAUGAUUUAUGAACACUUUAUCUUGUUUUUAAGUUGUAUUAUUGGGACUAUCCUUAAACUGGCCAAUAGAUUGAAAAAGGCAUGGGAGUAGAUGCUGAGAAUUCCAGCCCUAAGAAAAGAAUCUUAAAUCUUAUAGAAAUGUUGAGCAUUUAAGUGAGCUAAGCAACCCAAACACAUAAAUAAAAAUGACAUUUUGUUGUAGACCCUACCAGACAGCCAUUCAUUCACACACAUGUGUAGAGGCUAUGUCUUGCUUGGAACAAUCCUUGGCGCUAGGACAAAUUUUAAAAAUUAGAUCAUUUUUACCAAUGUUGUUAAAAAAUUGGAUUUUUUUUUAGCCAUUAAGAAAAUCACCACAAAGUAUAAUGAAAACACAAGUUUGCCAUAAACUUUUCAAAAAACCCCACAUAUUUAAAGGAAAGUAAUGUUUUGGAGGCUAACACACCCAAUGUUAACAUUAAAAAUAAGCUACUAAGUACAAUAAUUAUAUUGGUAAAAAUAGUUCCACAUAUUGCAUCCCUUUUGGAGAGUUGCAUGUCCACAUGUCACCCAACUCUGAAUUUCAGUCCAUGAUUCUUCGACCAUUAUAGAGUUUCUAUGGUGUCAUAUAAUCUACACACUUGAUUGCUAACCUUCACUCAAAAUACCUUGCAAGGUGUAGGUGACAUGAGCACCAACUUUGGAGGAAAUGGAGGAUGCAAAAGGUUAAGUGAUUUGCUGAAAGUCUCAGAGCUGGCACUGGAGGAGGGCAAUAUGGAUUCAAACCCAGCUGUUUUAGUCUAAAGCCUGUGCUUAGAACUCAACCACUUUGCCCUUUUUUUUUUUUUUUUUUUACAAAGGAUGGGAAGCUGGCAUGUGCUGGCUUACCUUCCACACCAUCCAACGGAACCGGUGAGAAGACUGAAAAUGUCCAUGAAAAUGAGCACCAUAAACCACAGGGCACACAGACUAUUCAUUCCUAACUGAAAGACUUCAAGCAGGAGAAGUAGCUGUAAAAUAAAGAAAAAUGUGGGAUAAAUAGUCUUGUAUAAAAAUAGAGCCAAACAGAUGAGAAUUAAAAAUAAGCCAGCAAACUCAACAAAACCAAUUUUGUCCUCUUUGAGGUACAGUCAUGAUCAAAAAAUUCAUGAGGGGGAUAUUAAUCCAGGAAUUACAGGGCAUCAAGAAUGCUAGACUCUUGAAGGAAACUGCAUCUCAAUUUCAAGGUCUCAUUUCACUUAACAGCAUAAAAUCUGUUUUUUUUUUUACUAUAAAUUUUGUUAAUCAUUUUUAUUCAUGAUAAUUGGUGAAUGUAUUAUAAAUGAUAAUGUGGUAUAAUUGUUGGUAAAUGUAGUAUAAAUUAUACUUGUUUGAAAAAGCUUUCUACAGGGGUGCCUGGCUGGCUCAGUCAGUAGAGGAUACAACUCUUGAUCUUGGGGUCAUGAGUUCAUGCCUCACCUUGAGGGGUAGGUUGUACUUAAAAAGAAUCUUGAAAAAACUUUCUAAAGAAAUGUUAUAUUAAGUUUAGGAACAUAAAAUAUAUUUAGUAGUUCCUUAUCUUUAAUUGUGAAAAUGAAGUGGCUAAAGUAGACAAGACCUCUAUCUUUUGAAAAUGUAUGUGAUCCUUUUUUCUCAGAAGCCCAGAGAACAUGUAUAUUUUGUUAUUUCUCCUUGUUAUAUCUAAGAUGAGGCUAUACCAAAAAUUUUAGGGAAACAAGCAAGGAUAAGGUUCCCCUCUCCUUUCUAGAACCACAAUCACAUAUCAUGGUUAAAGUUUUGUUUUCCAGAAAGUGCAAUAUAGGAAAACCACUCUGAGAAUCUUUUAGAAGCCUAAUGUUUCCCAUAUAAGUCAAUAUAUGGUACUGGCAUCCAUAAGUAUCUGUUAAAGCUUGUGUUUAGCAGGAAAAAUAGUCUGAUAACACUGAUGACAAUCAUCCCCAUUUAAUGACCAGUGGCCACGAAGAGCUAUGAAAAUUCAUGCAGUAAUACCCUGUGUUGGUCAUGAAAGAAAGCAUAUAUGUGAAUUUUUAGAUAACUAAUACAUAUCUCUUAAGUGCCAAAAUUUUAAACUUGUAAUUUUUGAUGCAAGUGUUUCAGAUAUGUUAGUAUACCUCCCUGCCUUCUUAAACAGCAUGCUCGGUAUAAUUCACUUUUUCAUGAUGAAAAGUAAGUUAUAUUCAUGUGUUACUACAAAUACCCAAUGAGCUCUGAUGUAUGUAAAAUACUUCAUAAAAUGUAAAGGGCUAUAUAACAAACAUGAGUUAAUAUCAAUUAUUGUAAAAUAAUUCCCCCAGCCCUGAGGUCUAUAUGAUCAUUUGCCUCAGGUUGCUGGGAUUUGGGAGUUUUUUAUUUAAAAAUUUUUCUAUCUGCUAGGUAGUUUGUUCUGUCUCCUACCACAGUAUCCACCUGCCUGCCUCUAACAGGCUCUUUGUCAUAUGUGCUGUGUUCAUCUGUUACAAGCUGGGACAAGCAAUAACCAAGCCCGCUCGGUGUCUAAAGAGCUACACGAGCCCCAUGUGCACAGUCUUUGAGACCGCUCUUUUGGUUGCUCACCAGCUUUCUGACCGGUUCACAAUAACCUUCUGGAUAAUAGAAGUACCCAGGUAAGGCCUAGGCUAGUGAUUUUUUCAGUUGCCACCAAGUAAAAUACUACAGACUAAGGAUGCUGCUACAUUAAGGAAUAAACAGCAACGCACCAAAGUAUAGCCAAGUAACAACAAAGGCUCUGUAUUUGCACGUGGAUCGUUCAUGCUUUAAAAAAAUAAGGAGAAUCAGUGGAGGGAAGGGGAACAAUGAAAAUUAAAUCCAGAUAGACUUGAGUAUUUUUGAUGCCAUUAAACUUGGUCAAUAGCCAUUAAAAUACAUGUUUAAAUUAUCACACAUUGUUACAGAGAGUUUUAGUUUGUACCAAAAUUUAUACCCUAAAGAUUCCUCAGAAUUUCUCCCAUUCAAAUGACAAUAGAAAUUAUCAAAAGGAAAGUCUCAAAUUUACCUGUAUGCUGCUGCUUUAGUUGUAAAUGAAUGGAAAUAUAGGUUUUAUCAAAAGCUCCAAGGAACACAUCUCACAUAUGCACACCUCGUGUAUGUAUGUGUAUAUGAAUGUCACUAUAAAUGAAAAUGUCACCCAGAGACAAUAAAAUCAUUUUAAAAUUUAAA